CAAAUUUCAUCACAAGUUUCGCAAAUUUCACAACAUUUCGUCUUGCGUUCGCAGUCUUAACAAAAUCAACGCACAGAGCGCACGGCAAAAAUCAUUCCUCUUGCAAAUCCAUGAAAUUACUGUGAAGUAUUGUGAUAAUAAUAGGAAAAACACACAAAGCAACAAUGCCUUCGAAGAAGAAGACCACAAAAUUCGCGAAAAGCGAAUUCAGCGAGGAUUAUCGCAGGAAACGGGAGAGAAACAAUGAGGCAGUGAAGAAGAGCCGCGAAAAGAUGCGGUUGAACACCAUCGAGACGCAGAAACGCGUGGACAAUCUCCGGGUGGAAAACAAAGUGCUGGAGAAGGAAAUUGUGGGUCUGAAGAAGAACCUGAAGCUCCUGAAAGAGCUCUUUAUCGCCCAGGCAAAGGCCAAGAACAGCACCAGCCCGAAUCUGAGAGAACUGCUCGCCAGCGAUAGCGAGGAUGAUGAAAUCUAG